AUGGCAAUCGAAAUCACAGAGCGUCCCCAACCGGGGCAAAAGACGGCGCUCAUCACUGGCGCCGGCGUCGGAGGCAUCGGCGGCGCCCUCGCAAUUGAGCUGCACAGCCAAGGGUACUUUGUCUUUUGCGCCGUGCGCCGCCCCGACAGCAUCACCGAGCUCCUCCGACCCGGCAUGGUCGUCGUCCAGCUAGAGGUGACGGAGACGGCGUCCAUCGAGGCGGCCGCGGCGCAGGUCGCGGCGGCGACGGGCGGCAGGCUGGACGUGCUCGUCAACAAUGCGGGCGUCGUCAAGCACCGCCCGGCGCUGGACUCGGAUAUAGACGGCGACGUGCGGCAUACGUUUGACGUGAACGUGCUGGGGCCGAUGCGCGUCGUCAAGGCGUUUGGAGAGCAGGUCAUUGCGGCGAAGGGCGUCAUUGUGAAUAUCGGCAGCGUGGCGCCGAUUGUGCCCCUGGCGUUUUCGACGUCGUAUAAUGCGACAAAGGCGGCGCUGCAUGCGUACGGCGAUGCGCUGAGCAUGGAGAUGAAGCCGUUUGGCGUGGACGUCGUGACCGUCGUUACAGGCGGCGUCAAGAGUAACAUUGUUCGCGGGAACCCGAGCCUGCCCUCCAACUCGCUCUACAUGCCCAUCGAAUCGUUUUGGCGCCAUCGCACGCAAAUGUCCAAUGGCGACGAGUCCAUGGCAACGGAUGCGUACGCUCGCUCCGUCGUGCGCAUGAUUGAGUCCAAGAAGCGGCCGCUUCGGUUCUGGGCCGGCGCAAAGUCGACGCUGGCAUGGUUUCUUUACAACUUUGUGCCUCUGCGCCUGCGCCUCUACGUGAUGGCGAAACGAUUUGGCCUGCUUACGCUCGGCCAGGGCGCCAAGUGA